UUAAGCUUUUAUUUUUCGUGCACCGCCUCCUCUGGUUUCCAAUCUAAGUCUUUUCGACUCCAAUCACAGCAUACGCGCGUCCCUAGUGGUGUUCCGGACGACGCGCCUACGCUUGGAGCAUAUAUCCCGAGCUCAACCGCCAAAACCCGGGAGACUGCUGCCGCGCGUCGCGCGAGCUCCGCUGAGCACCGCAGCCAUGGAUUCCCUGACCCUGAAGCCGGCGAACGCCAUCGACACGAUCCUGGCCCUACGGGACCCGCGGACCAAGGACUGGAUUACGUUACAGAACCCCAUGUACAUGGCGGUCCUGCUGGGCUCGUACUUGUACGUGGCCAAAUCGUUCGGGCCGCGAUUCAUGAAGCACAAGGAGCCGUACUCUGUCAAGCGGGCCGUGAUGGUGUACAACCUCUUCCAGGUUCUCGCCAACGUGUAUUUCAUGUGGCGCAUAUUCUACUACUCCUUCUGGGCAGCCGGCUACAGUGCCUACUGCCAGGGACUCACCUACAGCUCUGAUCCACACGCGUUGAACCUGCUGGACUCGCUUUACUGGUACCUGUGGGUGCGCGUGGCCGACUUCAUGGACACCGUGUUCUUCAUCAUGAAGAAGAAGUUCUCGCACAUUAGCGUCCUCCACGUGGUGCACCACACCAUCGUGGUGUUCAGCGGCUGGAUGUUCAUGCAGUUUGGCGCCGACGGACAGGUAGUGCUGGGCGUCUGCGUCAACUCGUUCGUGCACAUCAUCAUGUACACGUACUACUUCCUCGCCUGCCUCGGGCCCUCGGUGCAGAAGUACCUGUGGUGGAAGAGGUACCUGACCAGGCUACAGAUCGGGCAGUUCAUACUGCUCAUCGCGCAUGCGUUUAUCCCCAUAUUCGUGGACUGCGGCUAUCCUCCCAUCCUGCUGUACAUUGCCAUCCCACAGGUGGCGUUGGUUCUCGGACUCUUCGUCAAUUUCUACAUCCAGGCGUACAACACCCGAAAGACGGCGGCCGCCGCUGAGAAGGCUGAGAAGGCAGCGAAUGGACAUUCCAAACAUCCCGAAUAUAAUUCGUCGUCAUCCGUUGCCAAAAACGAAGCUGCCAACGGAACUACUAACGGAUCAGCAAACGGAACUGCGAAUGGCAAUGCGAAGAAAGUUGCUUGACGAAGAUGCGUCGGUGUUUUGUAAAUAGAAACGAGAAAGUUUGAGCGAGAACUGCCAACGUGCUGUUUGUCUUUUGCGGGACUGUUCCUUGAAAACGUUUUUCUUUGAUGUGUGAGAGUCGCUGUCCGUUCGGCAUGUCUUACAGGGUCGUUGCUCUCUUAGUGUCGGAAUGAACUGGAUGGGCUGCUGUGAAAACGUAAUUCUGUCGGACGAAUACCGCCUAACUGUACUCAGUAUGGCAGUUUCUCACUAGAGAACAUUGCGUCAAUGCACGUGCGUGUGUCCUUGCCGUGUUGGGCUUCUCGUGUCUCAAAGUCAGUCUGUAAAAUCUUACGGGAAGUAUUUCUCUGUUAUGGGCAUCUGCGGCAGUUGGUCCAGAUCCGUGAGAGAGCAUGAGGAGACAAAUAGUCGAGGGAACAGUGCAAUCAAUUGAACCAUUCGUUGAAGGAUCGAAAUGUCGUUGUGUGAUUAUUCAGUUGUGCAGGCGAAAACGAGAAAACCAGCGCCGAGCAUUGUGCCUAAUACAGCCAUCCGUAUCAAAGUAAGAAAAACUAAAAUACAUUAAUUUAGUUUGUAUAGACAUAGUGCUUCAAUGUACCUGCGGUUUUGUUUGGAUUGUUUUUAUUUAAUGUAAUGUCAGAAUGGCGCAAUUCAGACAAAAAUUAUGAAAAGUGUGCCAUCGCAUUAACGCUGGCUCGCUGUCGCACAAUUACCUCAGAUUUUCACUUUUAUUUUCUCCAGUCGACACUGGGCAGAUACGUUCGUUUAAUCGUAUUUGAUAUUGUUAUUACGGGUGUAAGUUUAUACAGAAAGUUGUUUACACUCCUUCAUGCAUUCAUGUACACAUUUCAGAAGCAAUUCUGCUCAUUCACGUUAUGCAAUUUGUCAUCAUUAUAGUCUGCUGACUAACGUCUUUCUCUUAUAAUGCGAUAUCAGCACUGUAAUGUAUAUACCUCUAACCAGAAAGCAAAAAAAAAAAAAAAAUCAAGAGAGGCAAGGCUUCUCAUGACGUUACGAUUGAGGUACACGUCUUGGUGGUUUAAGCCUGUGUGUCAAGUUUUUCCCCCGUGUAUUCAGCUGCCGAAUGAUAUUGAUUGCGAUAUGUGGCUCUCUUGCUCGGAGAACCAAGUAAAAGGGAAAUUAUGGAGAAUAUAUGCAGUAUUAUAAAAAUGAAAGAGGUUGCUAUAGCGUGGAGCCCUGCUCGAAUAUAUGGUAGCAAUUACGUGCGCGGUUAUGCGAGCCUGCCGUAGGGCUGUGCAGUUAAUCUCACGAGGCGCUCUUGACGGUGCUAGCAUUUUGUUCGUAACUGUUGUUUGUUCCAUGCAAUGAGUGGUAAGAACAUGCUUUUAUGAAGACCUUAUGUAAGAAGUCUUUGCAAAUUCGGCUAGAUUGCUUUAUUUACAACGUCAACUGUUCUGGAGUGCGCGAAUCUCUACGAGCUCCAUGGCACUGCCACCAGGCACUACCGGUGCCGGUUUUUACAAUGAAAGUGCCAACCAUACCCGAAGGCAACCGUAUUAUUCUCUGAUAUAAUGUUAAAGUCGUAACAUGUGCAAUGCUUUUUGUUUUAUGCUACCGCGUCGACCUUAGUGCCUCUAGAGCGUACUGGCACAUUGACUGCUUUGUUAAGCGGAAAUGAGCUAUCAUUUGUAGAUCAUAACUACCUUUCCCUUUCAUUGCUGUUCAUUUACGUGGUGUAAUAUCCACGCUGUGAUGAUUCACUUCAUGAAACUUACUUAUUGUGUAUGUCGUGUCCAUCAGUAGAUUCUUUGUGUAUUUGCCUGUUUUACAAGUUGUCAAUAAAUGUCUUGUUUCUA